GCAUUGCGCUCUGCCUUUCGACGUGUUUUUCCAAAUGUAUCAGUGAAAGGAUGUUGGUUUCACUACGCCCAGGCAAUUUUUCGACGCGCGCAACAACUGGGAAUGGCGAGAACCAUCCGCUCUGAAACUGGAGAAACGGCUUUGAAGAUGCUUAUGGCCUUACCGUUACUACCCACAGACAAAAUUAUAUCUGGAGUACAAACAGUGGAAGAAUAUUUGCUGCAGGAAAACAUGAUGGUUACGUUUCAAAGACUCACACAAUACAUAAGAGAUUUUUGGAUUGGUGUGGUGACGCCAAGUGUUUUGUCUGUAAAUGGCCUCGAGUGGAGGACCAACAAUGCCGUUGAGUCUUUUUACAGAAAGUUGCUUAAAGCUGUAGGUGGGCCCAGACCGGAAUUUUGGCAUUUCAUCAGUAAGUAAAUUUAUUUUCAUAGUAAAUAUGUUAAGAAUGUUAUAAUAUUUUCCUCGUUUGUUAAUAACUAUGUUUUUUCAGCCGCUCUUAGAAAACAAGACAGUUCGUUCCAUACUACAAGGCGAAACGUAGAGAGGCAGGUGGCAGCCCAGAGAACGCGGCGUCGAUCGUAUGUGCGGCAGGACGAAAACAUUCAGCAAAUGCAGGGGGAGCUGUCUGAAGAAUCAAUUUCUAUUAAAAGAUUCCUCCAACGAGCAUCCUGGACUGUGAGUUCGUUAGCAGAACGACUUCUACGAACAUCUUUGGUGGCAGCUGUAAUGGACGAUGAAGUUACAGCUGAAGACGAAUUCCAAGAUGACACACCACCAGAACAUCUUCCUGACAUACUGUUUGAUGGAGAGGUUACCAUCACAGAUGAGACCACAAGCACAUCCAGCUUGGUGGAAGAGAGGACACCAAAUAUUGGAAGAAGAUAUCGGCAUCGUGAACCUCCAUAUCAGAGACCAAGAAACACGAAUGAAGAAGCUGGAAGUUCGUUUGAAUCAAUUUUAGAGGUGUCUCUUCAAGAAAAUGGAAUGGAUCAAGAAGUUUCAGAACGAGUUGAACAACCUUUAUCUGAAGUAACUACAAGGUUGUGCAUGAUUUGCAACAUCGGCGAGCCAACUAACAUCAUUGUCCCUUGUCACCAUCAAGGCUUGUGUGACGAGUGUGUGGCUGAGCUUAGGAGGAGAAUGACUUUACCACCUGAAGAAGACGAACUGGGGGCAUUGAAUAUAGAAUAUUCACUGUGCCCCUACUGCCGUACUCAAAUACACGACUUUUUACGAAUCCACAUUGUGUGAAACUGUA